AUGGCUGACACUGAAUACAAUGCGGAGGAGGCUGCCGAGCUCAAGAAGAAGAGAACGUUCAAGAAGUUUUCCUACCGUGGAAUCGACCUCGAGCAACUUCUGGAUCUCUCAUCGGAGCAACUUCGCGAUGUCGUUCACGCCCGUGCCCGCCGUCGAUUUAACCGCGGCCUUAAGCGCAAGCCCAUGGGCUUGAUCAAGAAGCUCCGAAAGGCCAAACAGGAAGCGAAGCCAAAUGAGAAGCCAGACCUCGUGAAGACGCAUCUGCGAGACAUGAUUGUCGUCCCGGAGAUGAUUGGAAGCGUUGUUGGCGUCUACUCUGGCAAAGAAUUUAACCAGGUUGAAAUCAAGCCUGAGAUGGUUGGACACUACCUGGGAGAGUUCUCGAUUACAUACAAACCUGUCAAGCACGGUAGACCUGGUAUCGGUGCUACUCACUCCUCGCGUUUCAUUCCCCUCAAAUAA